AUGACCAGAAGAAGAAAGGAGGGUGGUCUGCUUGUUCUGGCAGCAUCAGAGAAUUCAACGAUUGCUUGGUGGAGUGUGGACUUUAAGACAUUGAUUUUAAGGGCCUCUUAUUCACGUGGCAUAGGGGAAACCUUAAUGAACGUGUACAAGGCGGGUAUUAGGAGGAAGAGUCAUUUGCUUGCAUGCAUUUCAGGCAUUGAUAAGAAGCUCCAUAGCAGUAUAAAUGCUGCGCUCGAAGGGCUACAUCAAAUUCUCUGGGCAGAACUGCAUAAAAUUUAUAUACAGGAAGAGUUGACGUGGUUUCAAUGGUCUAGACGCCAGUGGUUGGUGGAUGAGGACCGUAACAUGAGAUUUUACCAUGCUUCCACAGUGAUUAGAAGGAGACAUAACAAGAUUCUGAUGCUGAAGGAUGAAAGGGACAAUUGGGUUGGGACUCCUGAAAAGCUCAAGUCCAUGGUGGUCAAGUUUUUCAAGAAUGUGUACACGAAUGAUGGGGCUAUUUUACAUCCUUUCCCGAUUACAGGUCGUUUUCCUAAAAUAAACAGUAUAUUUUUCAUCCAGCUUCACCGUCCUCCUAGCCGGGAAGAGAUUAAGGAUGUUUUCUUUAACAUGGAUGGUUUGAAGGCGCUUAGACCAGAUGGCCUACAUGCUCUCUUCUUUCAGUCUCAGUGGCCUACAAUGGAGGUGUCAGUUAUGAGGCUUAUUGAGGAUGUUUUCCUUUAG